UCCCGCUGGGGCUGCGGGCUGUCUGGGGUUGGUGGCGGCGGCUCGAGGACAGGGGUAGCACCGGCCAGCACGCCAGCGGCUGAGCCGGCGGCGGGGGAGGGGAGGAGGGCGGCCCGGGCUGCGUGCGCGCGCGCAAGGCUUGAGCAUGAGCGGGACUUGACCGCGAGGCGGAGGCAAAAGCCACCGCCCCCUCUUCCCCUCCCUUGAGUGAGGCGGCGCGGCGGCCAGAGAGGGAUGGGGGGCACCCGCCCAGUCUGAACCUCGUCGCGGGCGCCUCCGUCUCACGCAGUGUUCCUCGUGGGCCUCUAGUGCGCACCCUCAACCCCAGCAGCCUCUGCCCAGCCGGCGCACCCGGGCGGGCGAGGAGGGGGCGCCCGCCUGGGUGGGUGGGGCGGGGAGGGUACCUGAGGUCACCUGCUCAGCGCAAGAGGCAGAGGCGGCCACGGCGGUGGCAGAACUGCAGAGCUGCGGGGUCCACCCGACCCUUACCCUCAGCCUGGGAAGUAACCAAUGUGAAACAUGUUACAGAAACAUUCAAGAAGUGGCUGAACAGGGAAGGGAAAAAGUGCCACUGCCUAUCAGAAAAAAACAAAAGAAAACAUGGGAAAUACAACCACCAAAUUCCGUAAAGCACUCAUCAAUGGUGAUGAAAACCUGGCCUGCCAAAUUUAUGAAAACAACCCUCAGCUGAAAGAAUCCCUUGAUCCAAAUACAUCUUAUGGGGAGCCCUACCAGCACAAUACUCCAUUACACUAUGCUGCUAGACAUGGAAUGAAUAGAAUACUAGGGACUUUUCUUUUUGGUAGAGAUGGAAAUCCAAAUAAACGGAAUGUGCACAAUGAGACAUCUAUGCAUUUGUUAUGUAUGGGACCUCAAAUUAUGAUAUCUGAAGGAGCCCUUCAUCCUCGCUUAGCACGGCCUGCAGAAGAUGAUUUCAGAAGAGCGGAUUGUCUGCAGAUGAUCUUAAGAUGGAAAGGAGCAAAACUUGACCAAGGAGAAUACGAGCGAGCAGCUAUUGAUGCCGUUGAUAACAAAAAAAACACACCCCUGCACUAUGCUGCUGCCUCAGGGAUGAAAACCUGUGUUGAGCUUUUAGUAAAACAUGGAGGAGACUUGUUUGCUGAGAAUGAAAAUAAAGAUACUCCUUGUGAUUGUGCUGAAAAGCAACACCACAAAGAUUUGGCUCUCAAUCUGGAAUCACAAAUGGUAUUCUCACGAGAUCCUGAAGCUGAGGAAAUAGAAGCUGAAUAUGCUGCAUUAGACAAACGAGAGCCAUAUGAAGGAUUAAGGCCUCAGGAUCUUCGUAGAUUGAAAGAUAUGCUUAUUGUGGAGACUGCAGACAUGCUUCAGGCUCCAUUGUUUACUGCUGAAGCUUUACUUCGAGCUCAUGACUGGGACAGGGAGAAAUUACUUGAAGCUUGGAUGUCCAACCCAGAGAACUGCUGCCAACGAUCAGGUGUUCAGAUGCCAACUCCACCACCAAGUGGAUAUAAUGCCUGGGACACACUCCCUUCUCCAAGAACUCCAAGGACUACACGCUCUUCUGUCACCUCUCCAGAUGAAAUAAGUUUAUCUCCUGGGGAUUUGGACACCAGUUUGGUAUGGCUAGUAUUCAAAUUAAGAGUUUCAUUAUUGCUGUUUCAACAGGCCUUCGUUGAAAAUAAUCCUGCCAUUAAAUGGUGCCCUACUCCAGGCUGUGAAAGAGCGGUCAGACUUACAAAACAAGGGUCAAAUACAUCUGGGUCUGAUACACUCAGCUUUCCCUUGCUCAGAGCUCCUGCUGUGGACUGUGGAAAAGGACACCUCUUCUGCUGGGAGUGCCUUGGUGAAGCACAUGAGCCUUGUGACUGCCAAACAUGGAAAAAUUGGCUACAAAAAAUAACUGAAAUGAAACCAGAAGAACUUGUAGGAGUUAGUGAAGCUUAUGAGGAUGCUGCCAAUUGUCUCUGGUUGUUAACUAACUCUAAGCCUUGUGCUAACUGUAAGUCUCCAAUACAGAAGAAUGAGGGAUGCAAUCACAUGCAGUGUGCUAAGUGCAAGUAUGACUUUUGCUGGAUUUGCCUAGAAGAAUGGAAGAAGCAUAGUUCUUCCACAGGAGGGUAUUACAGAUGUACUCGCUAUGAAGUCAUUCAGCAUGUGGAGGAGCAAUCCAAGGAAAUGACCGUGGAGGCUGAGAAAAAACACAAACGAUUUCAGGAACUUGACAGAUUUAUGCACUAUUACACAAGAUUUAAAAACCAUGAGCAUAGCUAUCAGUUAGAACAACGCCUUCUUAAAACAGCCAAAGAAAAGAUGGAGCAAUUGAGUAGAGCUCUCAAAGAAACUGAAGGAGGCUGUCCAGAUACCACUUUCAUUGAAGAUGCAGUUCAUGUGCUCUUAAAAACUCGACGCAUUCUCAAGUGUUCUUAUCCAUAUGGAUUUUUCUUAGAACCUAAAAGCACAAAGAAAGAAAUUUUUGAACUCAUGCAAACAGACCUAGAAAUGGUCACUGAAGACCUUGCCCAAAAAGUCAAUAGGCCUUACCUUCGCACACCCCGCCACAAGAUCAUCAAGGCAGCGUGCCUUGUACAGCAGAAGAGACAAGAAUUCCUGGCAUCUGUGGCUCGGGGAGUUGCUCCUGCAGACUCACCAGAAGCUCCAAGGCGCAGCUUUGCUGGUGGAACAUGGGAUUGGGAAUAUUUAGGAUUUGCAUCACCUGAGGAAUAUGCUGAAUUUCAGUAUCGGAGGAGGCACAGACAGCAACGCCGUCGAGGAGAUGUGCACAGUCUGCUCAGUAACCCUCCAGACCCUGAUGAGCCUAGUGAGACCACUUUAGAUACCCCAGAUGGUGGCAGUGGCCGCAGGCCUGGCACCUCGGUGGUGAGCUCCGCAUCUAUGAGCGUGCUGCACAGCUCUUCCCUGCGCGACUACACCCCUGCCAGUCGCUCUGAAAACCAGGACUCUCUUCAGGCCCUGAGUUCCUUGGAUGAAGAUGAUCCCAAUAUACUUCUUGCAAUACAGUUAUCACUGCAAGAAUCCGGGCUGGCCAUUGAUGAGGAAAAUAGAGACUUCCUCAGUAAUGAGGCAUCCCUAGGAGCGAUAGGCACCUCUUUACCUUCCAGGCUAGACUCGGUCCCCAGGAACACAGAUAGCCCUCGGGCUGCGUUGAGCAGCUCUGAGCUGUUGGAACUUGGUGACAGCCUCAUGAGAUUAGGAGCAGAAAGUGACCCAUUUUCAACUGACACUCUGAGUUCACACCCUCUCAGUGAGGCAAGAAGUGAAUUCUAUCCCUCAUCCAGUGACCCUGACUCAGCUGGCCAGGACGCCAACAUCAAUGACAAUCUUCUUGGCAAUAUCAUGGCUUGGUUUCAUGACAUGAACCCUCAGAGUAUUGCCCUGAUUCCUCCAGCAGCCACAGAAAUCAGUACAGAUUCCCAGCACCCCUGUGUCAAAGAUGAGUCAGAAGGUGUGAGGGAUGUGGAACUCGUGCCACCGGAAGAAGAGUCGGUGUUCGAAGAUGCUGUGGUCAGUGAAGGUAGAGGAACCCAAAUAGAAGAAGGAAAUCCUUUAGAAGAAAAUACUCUGGCUGGGGAGGCAGCAUCUCCAGCUGGCAAUAGUGAUAAUGAGGCAGCCAACAAGGGGGAUGGUUCAGAUGUUUCAAGUCAAACACCUCAGACCUCAAGUGACUGGCUUGAACAAGUCCAUUUAGUGUGAACUGCAGACCUCUGGGCUCUAAGUGAAUCACAGGUACAGAUGGUGUUCUGGUGGAGUAUGCUGUACAGAGACUUGAUCCACUCAAUUCCAAUUCAAUUUUAAACCACUGACAUUAGGGUUGAAUACGAAGGAGUUCCCUUGAAGGAGUUCCCUUGAAUGGUAGCUUCGUUUCUGAUUUUAACCUUACAGGGAAUUUCCUUUGUAUUUAAUGAGAUAGCUUUUCCCCUUUGUGCUGACAAAAAAGAAGAGUAAGAGAAACACAAAUGGAAUGAGUAGGCCAGAUUCCACAUUCUGAGAAAGUGCAGUUGUCUGUUAAGCCUAAGGUUGGCAAUACCUAAAUUGAACGUUUAAAUUAAAGGCUUACUCCCUAAUCCUUGGGUGGUUUUUCCUGUUUUAAAGAAAAAAGUUUUCUUCAUUUUGGAAGUUACUUUGGACAGAUCUAAUAACAUUUUGUGUUCCUCAGUCUGUGCUCUCCCAUCACUUCCUUCCUUCCUUUCUGUCUGAGCGGUGUGAAUUGAGGUAUCCAAGGCUUCUCCUUAGUGCUACAUCUACCACAGUGUAGUUCUCAUAUUCACAUGAAUCAAAGAUUUCUUGUCAUGUCUAUUACAGUCCACUUGUGCCAAACUGACUCACGCGCUGACUAACAAGGCGUGUAGGCGUGCAGUGUCCCAGAGUGCUCCAGAGGAGUCCCGGCCUUCUCGGGAGUUAAAGGUGCCACUUGGUAGCAGUGAUAUUCCAGAGUUGAAUGGGCUUUUGUUGCCAUGGAGACUGCAUUUAAAUAAAUGUAGCCUGUAGCUUAAGUUAACUAAACCUAAUGCUGCUGUUAAAACAGUUUAUUUUAAUAUUAAAAUACAGUUGAUUAGCAACAGCGGUGCUGUAUUUUAAGAGACACUUUAUUGGAAGUGCAAUCAUAGUUCUUUGUUUUCACACUUUUACAGUGCAUUCUAAUUACUAAUGGGUGCAAUUACUUUUAAUGGUAAGUGUUUUAUAAAAUAGAAAAAAAAAGUGGAGUUUCCAUGAGUUAUAGUAAAUCCCACAGUUAUUAAAAAAUUCAAUAAAACAUCCUGCGCAACAUGUUACCGUGCCUUUGCCUAACUAAAUGGAUAGUUGCCAGUUAAAUAAGUGAGUAAUUCAAAUUCCAGUGUCUCUUCUGAAGUAACUAUGCUAUGAAUUGCAAAGACCUCCAUAAAACCACCCAUGGCCUUGCCUUUACAGUAAAUAUAACAACUAAAAUGUUCAAUCAGUUUGUUUGCCUAAAUAGCAAAUGCUGACAUGUGUUUGUUCUAUUGCACAAUACUCAUUUGCUGUGUGAUUACUGUUUAGUGUUGAAAAAAAUCAACUUCCUAGUUAUCAGUGUCUUACUGUGAAGAAAAUACUGGUCAUAGUUGUAAUUAAGAUACAAUGGUACACUGUGUAAUUAAAACUAGAGUAAACUGUUGGAAUGGCUGUUUUACUUACAUAUUAUCAAAACUAGCAUAACACAAACAAAAUAGAUAUGCCACACUCCAUUUAAUGUUUUGCCAGAUUCUUACCAGAAAUCUACAGAUACCAAAAUUUCAGUACUGAGUGUGUACAGGCAAGUCCUGGGCUGGGUAAAAGGUUAUAUUAGUAUUGAUAUCCAUGUGAGUUGUGAUUACGGUUUUUGAUUAAUUUUUUUUUCUCCAGAAUCUGCUUUUGAAAUUCUGUCCUUCAAAUUCAUAUGGCUAGGACAUUAUAUUAGAGUACUUAAUAUUCCCCAGUUUCCCUUGGAAUAAACUGUGUGAAUUGCUCCUAUGCCAUGGAUAUCAAAGGUCCAUGUUAACUUUUAUUUCCCCAGUUAUCAGAAACAUCGAUGUCAAUCCCCAUUAAAUUAGUUGGGGAAAAUAUUAACUUUGUCUACAGUGUAUUACUGUAUAUUAAACUGAAACAGUCCAUUAAAGGAUUUUUUUACAAAUUUAUUUUGGAUUAAAAAUAUUGACACCAAUCAGUUUUUAGACCAAGUUGUAAUUUUUCAGUAGAAAGAGUCUUUGUAUCACAUUGAGGCGUCUUGCAAAGCUGCAAUAAGGUGAGAAAGAGUGGUCUGUGUGAAGACAGUGUAUGUGGUGGGUUCCGGCUCCUUGCACCUUGUGCAGUACCCUUUGUUUCUGUGCUGUUACCUCCUGAGCAUGAAAAAUGAUCAUUAUUCAAUUUGUAUUUCCUUGGUACAUAUUUUAAAAACAACACAGUCAUUGACUUUACAAUUCAGAAAUAAAGUUUGGCAAAGCCUAUUUUGUAAACAAGUUAAUUUUAUAAUGUAAAAAAAAAAAAUUACUCUAACCUUGACUUGUUAUUUGCACUUUCAUAGUCUAUACUUGAUACAUUCCCACUUUAUAUACAGUAGGAUUCUACAAACGUGUAGAUGUUUGGCCAAAUGAAUGCUGUUAAUAAUAUGUAAAAUUCUUUGAUUAAACAUUUAUUACUUAAACUACUUCACUUUUGUCUCAUUACAUUAUAGACUUUGUUUUAACCAAGUCAGGAAGCUGAUUUUCUUCAAAUUAAAUUCCCUCUGAUAUAAUGGGAUUAAUUUGGUUCUUACAUUUUUACACUAGCCCUUUUCCUGAGUAUUUUAUACCCCAAAGAUAAACUCCAAAACACUGCAUGACAAUGUGUUAAAACAUUGUGACUUCAGUGCUCCUUUUAUUUUCAUCACUGUAGCUUUCAGGAGAAAAGUGUUAUGAUUUUUCCUUGAAAUCUCCAAUAGAAACACAAAGGAAAAAGAAUUUUGAUGUAUUUUGUGAAAUUGCUUAGGGCAGGAAAAAUUUUGUAUGCCAUAUGAAUAGAAACACCACCAUUUUGUUAUUCUGUCCCUUCUGAGUUACCGAAACAGCCCUUUGCAUCCGAACUUCAGGUUUCGUGGAGUCUGCCGGUGAUAACCACUUAGUCAUGUCAUUGUAUUUAUGCUUUUCAUUGUGUGGAUCUGAAGCUUAACCACUAAUGUCCAUCUGCUGAAUUAUUCUUCAAAUGUUGUUUACUGCAGCCACUGAUCUCAUUUUUGUUCUCCUUUUAGUCCUCAAAUACUGUUGUUUACCUGUCGUGAAUUAAAACCUGAGACUUACUAAAGUUUGCUUGUAAUCUUAAAACAGUUAUAGUUAGUGUAUCUCUGAAGAGUAAAAUCUUGGAAUCUAACAAAUUUGGGGAGUUUUUUUUUUUAGGAUGAAAUAAAAACUCGAUAGGAAAAAAACUGUCGUGUGCUCUGCGCUGGGGCUGAGUGGUAUUAUCUCAGCAUUGGGCCAUCAGGAUAAUCACUGGGUCUUUUCCUUUAGGAACAGUAUGUUACUGCCUUAUCAGCCAUCACCCUCUCACCACAAUAGAUUUCUUUCUAGAAAAAUAGAAGUGGCUCUUUCUAGACUGUGGAGUGACCAUCCUUAUUUUAGGAACGGGCAGUCAUCAUAGUUCUUAAAGAAAGAUGGACCAGAAAGUUUUCUUUAGCUGUCUGUUCCACUUAGGACUGACAGGUGGCUGACAAACUGUGAGUAGUGUGCAAACUUUUGAACAAGGACCUAGCCCACACAAGGCAUCAGUUUACAGAGAGCACAAGAGAUGCAUACAUGGACAAAACAGAACACAACAUAGGAAAGGCUAAUUGUCAGACAAGACAAGCCAGUUCUCUUGCACCUCUUCUGCGCCCACAUGGUUUUCUGGGUGUCCCAAGACUGCAAGGCCUGAUGACAGUUUUGCCUGAGUAUUUCCCAGAAUUUAUGUUGUUAGUAACCUUGAGGACAGGAAGCAGGUACGCUGUAAAAGCAGUGCCUUCCUCACUCUCAGUGUUCCAGCUGCAUGCUUGGCAUCCGUCCGGGCCCAUUGCAUUGCCCUGUGGAACUAGGGACAGGGGAACUGCCACAAACAUGCUGGUGUUCAUUCUGCAGGUUGUGUCAUGAAUGCUAAGUAAAAUCCUUGGCCUCUGACCCGAGAGUCUUGUGUCUUCUGUCAGCAUCCAUGAUACCGUGACAGGCCAGCUUGCUUACUGGUUCUUACGGAUAGGGUAAAAUCAAAUCCCACACCUGACAGUUUUGGCAGUGGGGAUGGAAUGCUGACAGAGACAUGAUUUUUCUGGAAGAGGAACCAUGGGUCAAAUUUGGGAAUAUAAGACUCCCUGGAAUCUAUCUGGUAGUGAAUGCUCUCCCCCAAGUGACAGAUGAGAGGAGAGUAGGGGUUCCCACUGUCCUACUUAUUACUGAACAGAAGUUGAACUAAUGUUUAAAGGCUUAGCCAGAAAAGCUAGGAUUGAAACAAGCUGCGCAAACGGUGCCUUAAUGGUUGGUGACUCCUGCAGGCAGGCAGAGGAAGGAAUAUUUUCAUGACAAGGAAUCAGCAAUUCCUGUUAACUAUCAGAAAGGCAGAUAUAGUUCCUGAAUCAAGGAGUCCCCAAACAUAAAAUAAAUAGUAUCAGCGAUAAGAGCCUUGCUUUUUGAUUGAGAGCUUUGAGUGGACCAAAAACUUUAGAAGCUGAUUUGGUUGGGCUGCAAGCAGUCGUGGCACUGUUCACAUGCAAAAGUGCAUGCAGAGCAGGUGGCCCUCACAGCUGGCAAUGAUGACAAGGUGUGAAGUGCCGGAGUGACAGAGGUGCCAAAGACUGCUGGUUGGGUGUGGAGAAGAAAGAAGCCCCUGGCUCUGGUUCUCUCUGGAUGCUAACAGGCAUCACCACUGCCAUGGGAGAGGUAGUUGGGCCACUGAGCCUGGAGCAAGAGGCUAAAGGAGAAAAAAAACAACAGUUAAGUUCCCUUCCCACAGGCUAGCCUCCCCCACCUCCUCAGGUUUCCUACCCUCUUGGUUGGGGGGUAGCAGGAUUUGGCACCUGUAUGCCACCUGCGGUAGCUCCUGACUCACACAUUUUAUACUCCUCAGCGGGGAAAGGCAUUUGAACGAGCCCCGCAGCAGAGAAGGUAGGCUUCCCUUGUGAGUGGGGCCUUUUGGGUGAUUCAAUGUAAUGUCACAGCUUCCAAAUCCAAAGUCUAUUGGAACUGAUGUGUUAUGUGCCCAGAAGUACCUAUCUCAUAAUUUCCAUGGGGUUUCUCCCAUUCAAGGAUUGCCAUAUGUAGAGAAGUGACAGUGGGGCAUGUAAAUCACUCCCCAAUUAGCCUCCUUGUCCUCCCUUCUCCAGUGGUCCCGCAGAAACAAUAAAGAACCCUGGAGGAGAAAGGGAACACACUCCUCUGGUUAAAGUACUCAGGCCGUUUCACAGCACAACAUUGCCACCUGUCUGAUGCAGCCACCAAGUACACCCAUUUUGGAGAAAUUCCACUAUUAACCGGCUCCUAGGCUAUUGUUGAAACUGAAUGCCUCCCCCAUAGAGGCCUUGUGACUCACUGCUAUGACAUCUCCAAUUUGGAGUCAGCUGUAUUUAGAAAAUUAACCUGGGCCUAGAAGGCCUUGCAAGUCAAAUAGAAAUGAUGUUAGAAGAGGUAUAUUUGAGAGCGCAUCUAGCCUGACCACAGUAAGUUUCUCAAUUUUACAUGAAAAAAAUUAGUAACUACCCCUUCAGGAGAUAUUUUGAGCCCAACUUCACUGCCUGAAGCAAUGUCAUACGGGCUUAGUGGGGGGUCUCAGUUCGCAAAAUGCCUGCACUUGGUUCAAUUGCUUGGUAGCAAUUUCUACCAAGCCCCUGCAGAAUUUUCUUGUAAGCUAUAGAUAACACAAUUCUAAAAUUUAUAUGGAAAGGCAAAGGAACUAAAAUAGCUGAAAAGCUAAAAACUAUUUUGAAAAAAGAAAAAUUAAGUGGGAGGAAUCAUUCUCAAUUUCAAGACUACAGUAGUCAAGACUGUGAUACUGGUGGAAAGAUAGACACAUAGAUCUACAGAAGAUGGAGAAUUAAAAACAGCCCCACACAGAUACCAUCAGCUGACUGACAAAGGUACAAAAGCAGUAAAUAGAGGAAGGAUGGUUUUUUUCAACAAAUGGUGCCGGAACAAUUGGUUUUAAAAUGGGCAAAAAUAUGAAUGUCUACCUAAACCUCACACUUUACAUAAAAUUUAAAAUGGAUCACAAAUUUAAGUGUAAAUAUAAAACUUUCAAGAAAAAAAAAAAA